UGUGCCCCUAUUAGUCUCCUGUCAAGCCCCUCUCCCCCCUCUCAAAUUAAAACACAGUACAUAUAGUUUCAAUCGAGAGAAGCAUCACCUUGCCCACACGCGUUCGCCAUUUCCAAAAGCACAACACAUCUCUGCUGGGGGAAGGGUCGGGCGGAAACGGAAGACCCUCCCGGUCGUUCCUCCGGUUGGCCCCAUUUCUGGAAAACCCGAACGAGCCCAACUCCUUACCUCCCCUUGUUUUCCUCUUUCGGUAACCGCACUACCACUAUAAUAACGCUAGGUGCUAACAAGGUUUGCUUCGGUCCGCAUCAUUCUUCUCACAGGCCAAUGACAUUACUACCAAUUUAGGCUGGAGUAUAGAGAGGAUUUGCCUUUUUCUGGGUUUUGCGGUAGCUAAGUUGCUGUUUUUCAUGGCGUUGGUAGCAAAGACAAGACCGGUCCUCGUGGUAUGCGGGAAGAUCACAAACGAGGUUUUGAGUUUCCUGGUCUUUUGCCUCCUCGACAUCCUGGACCUAGUCUUAUGCUACGUCUACAAGGUGGCGGACUUCAUCAUGGAGGCCGAAUGGAGGCCCUGCUACUGCUCCUCCGCCAAGGGGGCCAUCACGAGCGGCGGCGGCAAGAUCCUCGUCUCGGAGAGGGGCGAGUCCAAGGUUGUCAGCCUCAGCUCGAGCAAGCUAAUGCUGGAGGAAGUCUCUGACACGCUCUAUAUGAGGCCUUCUCUCGUGUCGGAGGUUUCGCGGUCUACCGUAAAGAGGCUCAAGUUGGACAAUCGCGCCACUGCUGUACCCUUUUACAGCCCGAGUAAAGUAAGGAGAUCGGGGAGAUCAACAUUCACUAUAAACUCGACCAUCGUGGAGAUGCUUCAGGGUAGGGUCAGCGUCGGCCGGCCAGUUCCUCAGUGGUCAGACUGCGAUUGCAGGCAUUGUACGUCUUGGUCGUCCCGAGGGAGAAAGACACUCUUCAUUAGAGCAGCUGGGGUUAAAGAUAAGGCGCGUGAGGAUGUUCUAUUCAUUCACGGUUUCAUCUCAUCGUCCCAGUUCUGGACGGAGACGUUAUUCCCAAACUUCUCAGACUCUGCCAAGGCCACAUACAGGUUUCUAGCGAUCGAUCUGCUAGGGUUCGGGAGGAGCCCGAAGCCGAAUGACUCGCUCUACACCCUAAGGGAGCACUUGGAGAUGAUAGAGCAGUCCGUGUUAGAGCCCUACAAAGUAAACUCCUUCCACAUUGUGGCCCACUCGUUGGGAUGCAUCUUGGCACUUGCUCUAGCCGUCAAGCAUCCCGGGUCCAUUAAGUCCCUCACUCUCCUUGCACCGCCAUAUUAUCAGGUGCCGAAAGGAGCCCAGGCAACACAGUACGUGAUGAGGAGGUUGGCGCCAAGGAGGGUGUGGCCUCCGAUCGCGUUCGGGGCGUCGCUCGUGUGUUGGUACGAGCACAUCACCCGAACGGCCUGCUUGGUCAUCUGCAAGAACCACCGGUUCUGGGAGUCCCUCACCAAACUUGUCACCAGGAACAGGAUCAGGACGUUUCUGUUCGACGUAUUCUUCUCCCACACCCACAACUCAGCGUGGCACACUCUCCACAACGUCAUCUGCGGGGCUGCCGGCAAGCUCGACACAUACCUAGACGCCGUCAACGACCUGCUGAAGUGUGAAGUGACCAUAUUCCAUGGCAAGGAUGACGAGCUCAUCCCCGUGGAGUGCAGCUACAAUGUCCAGAGGAGAAUCCCGCGUGCGCAUGUGAAGGUGAUUGAGAACAAGGAUCACAUCACAAUUGUCGUGGGCAGGCAGAAGGCCUUUGCGGGGGAGCUCGAAGAGAUAUGGAGGCGAUGCAGCAGUUGAGGAUACAUCGCUCACUCUCAUAUUCAUCGAGUACGUAGUAGGCACACCGAAAAAGAGAAUCAUCCCCCGUGAUCCGAGUGACCAUAGAAAGAUUAAUCCUAUCAUGUCAUAUCCAUAGAUAUACAGAAAUCCUACCAAGCUGUUUAUGCCGUCCCCUCACGUAUCCUCUUUCAAGUGUGAAGUUUUUACAGUUAGGCUGCAACAUAAUGCCCUUUGCCUUUCCUAAUUACCCACUAUUAUUGGAAUGUUAAUGCUCCAUAUAUAGAACUAUAUAUGAUCAAUUUCAGAAAAA